GUUGAACCUAUCAACGGGCUGCGAACCGAAUCUGAACUAGUGGAAUGUCCUCAUUGCCGACAAUUGGUGUAUACGGUAAUAGACUAUGACGCUGGUGUUUGUACCGGACUCUCCAUCGCAGGUUUAUUUUUAGCGGGAUGCGGUAACGGUCUUUGUUUACUGCCUUAUUUAUUUCCUUGGACCAAGGAUGUUACACAUCAAUGCCCAUCCUGUAAAGAAAAAAUUGCUACGUUUACAAGACUUGAAAGAGAUACAAGAGUUCAU